CAAGGUAGGCUACAUCAUUGUCCAAGGACAGCGAGACACGCAAUACAGCCUGCAGCAUAAAGCGGGGUUCUUAAAACAUCCUCGUGCACGACAGUGUGCGGUUUGAUGUCAAUCGCAGCGUCUCUCCCACACAGGAACAUUGCUGUGUAUACAAACGGACACGUUCAGUAACAGAAUAACGACGCGGCGCUACGGAGCGAGCAGGUGGCUAUAGAAACUUAGCAGUUUUUCCUUGAGAUAGCGGGAGAGAGAAAAGAGUGAGAGACAGUGAACAAAUUGGUGUUGCUUCAUUGCUGUUAAAUAAUGCGCUGUCAACCUUAGGAAAGAGUCCAGUAGCUUAGUAUGUGGCAUUGCUGACACAUUGUCGGGAUGCCUCAACUGCACAUGGACAUGACAUUCUAAGCGCGACUUUGUUUUAACAGUAAUCUAAUUUUAUCAAACAAGAAGAACAGCAAUAAUGAGCUCCCUUCCAAAGAGCGAAUCAAAAACCUCCCUGUUGAAAUCUUCAGCGGCGAGUCGCAAGACCACACACCGCUCUGAACACACUGGAAACGGCCGCCGCAGCAAUCAUCGCCCCGUCGCUCAGCGAAGCAGCAGUACUGCAGAAGAAACAUGCUGGCCGGCUGAGUGCGACGCUAGCGCCCGAAGACCUUUGUGUCACCCUCGACUCGUAAGUAAUCGGAGUAGUGGGAUGAAACGAGGGACCAAAAGCCAGUCCCACCAUCCGCACGCCCACUUUGCCCCCGGAUACGACCAGGAAGAACUGCCGGAGAGGCAGGGGAUCGGGCGGGGUGGAAGGGAGCGUAACAAGCCGUCCAGACACCCACACCAUCACCAUCACCAUCACCAGAGAACCGCCCCGGACGACAUAGGUCCAGAACAUCAUUACGGAAACCCUCUUCCAGUUCGGGUACCCUCCCCGGCACACUCUUUAUCAAAGCGCAAUGACGAUGCUGCGUUCUUUUUUGAGUCAAGGGACCAUACAAGGGCCAGUUCGUCUCUCAGCCUGGUCUCCGACCCGCCCGCCAGCCUGUCUUCCCCUGCUUCAUCGUCACCGCUGCCUGCGUCCUCCAGUCGCUCAUCUGGCCGUUCCGGAAGAUCCAGCACGGCCUCCUCAGAAUCUGACUCAAAUCUACACCCCAUACUCAACUCUGUAUUUGGACAGAUGCUCCAGGAUGAGAAGCGGAGGUACAGAGCAGUGUGGUCCUCUGAGGAAGGGGGCCCGGGAGGGGGCCCGGGAGGGGGCCCAGGAGGGGGCCCGGGGGCCUGCCAGGAGCCUCUAGUGGCCCUAGCCCAGAACUGCGCUCUGAUGCACAACAUACUGGGGCCUGCCUGCAUCUUCCUCCGCAAAGGAUUCGCUGAGAACAGGCAGACUAGCAGCAUGAGGAAAGCGGAAGCUCCAGUCACCUGGUGUUGCACCUUCAGCCACACAGGCCUGGAUUCAAAUGCAUGUAUCAAAGACAGAGAAUUGCGACCAGAGGAAAUUGAUGAGUUGCGUGAAGCUUUUAAAGAGUUUGAUAAAGACAAAGAUGGUUUCAUCAGCUGUAAAGACCUGGGGAACUGCAUGAGGACCAUGGGAUAUAUGCCCACAGAGAUGGAGCUGAUUGAACUCAGCCAGCAGAUCAACAUGAACCUGGGAGGUCAUGUGGAUUUUGAGGACUUUGUGGAGUUGAUGGGACCCAAGCUUCUUGCAGAGACGGCAGACAUGAUUGGUGUCAAGGAGCUAAGGGACGCCUUCAAAGAGUUUGACACCAAUGGUGAUGGACAGAUCAGCACAGCAGAGCUCAGAGAAGCCAUGAAGAAGUUGUUAGGACAACAGGUUGGUCACAGGGACUUAGAGGAUAUUUUGAGAGACAUUGACCUGAACGGUGAUGGCCAUGUUGACUUUGAAGAGUUUGUCCGAAUGAUGUCCCGCUGAAAGACAAGGACCUGACCACAUACACUGGAUGUCAGUCAGCUGCUGCCCCUGCCCCAUUACACGGAUGAGGAAGAAACAUUGAAAGAGAAAGAAGAGGAACAUCACUUUACAUUGAACUGAGCCACCUUUCCUAAAGAGAACUGGAAACUGAAGAUCCUCUGAUCUCUCAACUACAGACCAAGAAGAAUUAUCACCACAGCUUGCCCAAACCCAGCCAGACUGACACCAAGUGAUAGACUGACACACUGACAGUUUCAGCACUUUCAACCCUCCCCAAUCCUCAAAUAUCAUUGUACAUAUCUUAUUUGGGGAGUGGGGGCUUCCCCUGUCCUACCAUGUAAUGGCAAUAUUAUUUAUUUAUGUUUAACGUCUGUUAGUUAUGUUUACUACUUUGUAUGUAUGUCUCUUUGCUUGUUGGUAUGUAUGCAUGUCUGUGUGUGUAUGUGUCUGUGUGUGUUCUGUUUAAUUAAGAUGUGUUACCUGACUUUGUGAAUGAAUUAAAGUGGAUGAGUGAUUCAAUUGCAGUCAGAGCUAUAAAAUGUGUGAGACAAGAGAAUAUUUUUUACUUUUUAUUAAACAUAUUGAGGAGCAUCACAAAGCCAUGUGAAGACCACUAUGCUCCAAUAUUACCAGUUUUGUACUGAAGACAUACAAGACAGUACAUCCCAUUAUCUGCACUUAACGUCUGUAAGAAAUGUUCUCUUGUCUAAUACACAGCAAGCAGACUUCUGCUGGGUUUACUUCACUCGUCCUGAGCUUAAUUACACAGCUUCUGAACACAUGGAUGCACUUAUGCGAUAAACUGUGUUUGUGUGUUAGUUGUUUAAAUGUACUGUAUGGCAGUUACUGGUGUGUGACUUUGUCUGCGUUGAUUUCUGUCAUGUUACGUGUUUUUACGCAUGCCAAAAAAGAAACAAACUAUAAAGAAAACACAUCUGUUCCUUUCAGAGGACAGAUAAUAAAUAUUCCUUUACAGGUAA